AUGUAUCCGAAUCCUCAAACGACAGGAGAGCCUCCCAGGCCCAGCAGUCGAGACGCCAUCCCCAUCCAUCAUCUGCUAAACGCUCCCGUUGGCGACGAUCUGGUCCCCCGGUUCCCGAUUCGGGACACGCCUCCAGGCGCCGAAGGUGACGAGGACGAUGCGCCCAUGACUGAAGCAGAGGACUCCUCCGAAGCCUCGCAUUGGAGCGAGGACUUUGAACACCCGGAUUUGUUCGCCAGUGCAGGCCUGGCCGAUUUGGAUGGGGUCAAUUUUGACUCUUUCUUCGGAGGCUUCGAGAACUUGACCUUUGGUUCGUAUCCCCUGACCGCUGAGAUAUCACAAAUCACGAGCGGGACGGGCAUCGUAUCGGCCUCGGCCAUGGCGCUCGAACCUCGCGCCUAUGAGAUCAGGCAAGUGUUGCUGGAUGCGGCCACCAAGUUUGCAGUCGACUACCCGAACAGUCCUCAGCUUGCGACUUUGGACGCAAACAUCGAACUCCUCACCCAUGUGGAGAUCGACCACUGCCUCGAUCUAUUUUUCAACAAUUACUAUCGCCACUGCCCAAUCGUUCAUCGUCCGACCUUCCAACCGGCCAUUGCCCCUAUACCUCUUGUGUUGGGAUGUGUCGCUUUGGGGGCCAUGUACUCGGAGCCGGCAAAAGUUGCUUGGAUGAAGAGUCUUCUGGAUCUCAUGGAAUCAUACGUCUUCUCACUGCCAGAGGUGAGGGAUGAGUUCUUUGGAACUUUGGGGGUUUUGGAAGCCCCCGAUGAGGAUGCCGUGGAAUACCACUUUCAAUCACUCCAGGGGGCCUACCUUUUUGUCGUCGUCCAAUACUUCUCGGGAAAUCUAGCAGGCCGUCGAAGAGCGAGAAGGCUGAGGUUUCCAUCAGUCUUAAAUCUCGCGAGAUAUUUCGGUUUGCCAGCAGUGCAGCACCCAAAUAUCAAAGCAGAAACUGAUGACCUCGCUCUUCAGCGCUGGUUGCGGACUGAGGCCCGCAUUCGGACGAUGAAUGUGCUUCUCGCGCUGGACUCAGCCAUGGGAAUCUUCAACAAUGUCCCUCCUCGCGUCAACUACUGUGAAGUAGAUCUCCAACUGCCAUGCCAUCCUGAGUAUUUCCACAUGACGGGCUAUGCGGACAUGUUACAACGAGGCUCACUCCCUCGUCCUCGGAUGAAGUUAAUCGAAGCUUUCCAGAAAUUAUUCGUCCACCCCAGCCAGCUCAAGGCGGCGUACCAGGACGAAAAAUUGUGUUGUUGGGAUAUGCUUUACCUUGUUCACGUUUUGUAUACCCACUGCUGGCAGCAUCUCUAUGGGAACCCGCUCAAUCGGAUAUCGGCCACUUCACUGGCUUCAGAACCGAGUCUGGUAUACGAACCAAUGAAGAUUGCCUUGACAAACUGGAAGACCCUGUGGGAUGACGUCCGUGCGAGGCUGUCUCGUGCAAACGUUGGCGCCAUGGGCUUUGAAACUUCUGCCGAUAGUUAUUGGACACUUGUCAAAAUGAUCGUGCUAAAAUUCGAAGACAAGAAAAGCACCAACAGCGCCUCUAGUAGCAUCAAUGGGGCUGCUACUAACUCCUCAAGCGGCCUUUGCCGCAGAGGGGCAGGAGGUAACAGUGACGAUGGGACGAGCGAGUCGAGCACAAACGGCCGGGGCGCAAGAGGAGCCAGUCCGAGCUUGGACUUUAUGCCGCUUGAGGCGGAUUGCGACAGUCAAGGCGCACACCUGAGGAAGAUCCUGCAGAAGUGGUUGUCGACGUAA